GCCGCUGCUGCCGUCGCUGCACCAUGCGGGGAGCCCCGACUUCGGCGCUGCUGUGCUUGGCUUUGGCCGCGCUGCUGCUCAGCCCGCCGGCCGAGGCGUGGUACAAGCAGGCGGCCGGCCCCAGCUACUACUCGGUGGGGAGGGCGUCGGGGCUGCUGUCGGGCAUCCGCCGCUCGCCCUACAUCCGCCGCUCCGACGACAACGGCCUGGCCGACCAGAGCGCCGAGAGCGGGAGCCCCGACGGCAGCAGUGCCACCGCCGCCGCCGCCCCCUUCCUGGCCGCCGAACUUCGACAGAGCCCCGGCGGGCUGCGGAACAUGGCUGUCUGCGUGAAGGAAGUGGCCCCGGAGCUUCAGAGUUGCCAGCUGCUGCCAGGCGCGCCCAGCGUCAUCCAAUGCAAGGCCGAUGUCACCGUCUCGCUGGACCCUGCUGACUGCACCGGUCCCUGAGCCCCCCGACGGGACAACCCCCUUCCUUCCUGGGAGCUCAGCUCACCCACGACCGGGACGGGACCAGCAGAGGGGAGGG